AUGAUCGUCGGAUACAGUCUGGGACGCGUCGCAGGGCGGGUUUCUGCAUUUCCUAUCGAGACUAUCGUAGCAUUCUUCAUAUUGACAACGCUGGCUUACUUUAAUGUACUCUCCGCCAUCAAGCACUCACACUUUUUGUCCCCAAUCCACUCUCCUACAACUCCCUUGCUCGCUACAUACAGCCAAAAGCGAGUAUGGUCUAUUACGCCCUCGACUAGAGUCUCGCCAGCCGUCGAAAUCGUCCAAGUCCAGCUGUCGGUACCUGGCGUAUACCCGGCACUCGAGUCUCAAGUCAAAGACGCCCUGGACACCACUCGGAAUGGCAAAUACGCGUCAUUUUGUUACAGAUACAACAAUUCCUGUCUGUCAUCGACGCGCCCAGAGGCUUAUACCUUUGCCUUUGAUCCUACGCUUGGGGGCGAGACGGCCCAAUUUGUCCGCGGGCUCAGUACCGCAAACUUGGCAGGUGAACAAGACGGGACACGUUUCCAGGUCAUAAGACAGCACCAGUCAAUUGCGGAUAUGAAAUCUGGCAAAUGGGUGGCUUAUGCCGGUCGAGCUUUGGUUCUCCGCUUUUGGUCGUUGGCCAAGAAUGCAGACUCUGCAGACAUCAUCGUCGUCCUCCUGGGAUACGUCUUGAUGCAUAUCACCUUCUUCAAGCUCUUUACGUCCCUCCGGAGACUUGGAUCCAACUUUUGGCUUGCAUUCAGCGUCAUAAUCUGCAGCUGCUUCGCCUUUAUAUGCUCGCUGCCAUUGGCCAAUCUCCUCGAUAUUCCGGUGGAUCCCAUUGCGCUUUCCGAGGCGCUGCCGUUCCUCGUGAUUACCGUCGGUUUUGAUAAGCCUCUUCAGCUUGCCCGUGCGGUAUUUCACCAUCCCAACUUUCUCUCUGGAUCCACAGACGGCUCAAACUCCCUGAGUGUGCCCUCUAGUCAAGUCGUCACAGACGCCGUGCGCGAGACUGGCCCGAGCGUUCUCAGAGACUACGCGAUCGAGAUUGCUAUUCUCAGUCUGGGAGCCAUCAGUGGCAUCAGUGGCCUCAAAGAGUUUUGCGCAUUCGCAGCUGUCGUCUUGGCUGUCGACGCGGUGGCCAUCUUUACCAUCUACGUUGCCGUUCUUAACAUCAUGGUCGAAGUCAAGCGCAUCAAGAAGACACGUAUGAACCUUUCGACUCCAUCCUCCCCAUCCUCUACCAAGGUCGAUGGAAUCUCUUGGAAACAGCGAAUCCUUGGCCAAAAGGGUUCUGAGAGCAGUCCUUCUACGGGCGGAAAGACUGAGCAUCCAAUCGCUCGGCUGAAGCUCCUCCUACUCUCAGCAUUCGUAGCAUUACAUGCCUUGAACCUCUGCACAACGCUCACCCCGGCCACGGUGAUUGCCCGUCGGAAAGGAUCGUCCAGUAUGGCCAUGGAUCCCACUGAGCUUAUCGAUCGGAGAGGCCCCUCUUACGCAAAUGUCAACCUUUCCUCUUCUUCCCUCGCCCCGAUGUUGCAAAAGAUAAUCGAAGAAUCCAAGCCCACCACAGAUCUGGUCGUCAAGAUUCACGCACCCAUUCAAGUCCGCGUCAACCUUUCCGGAGAAGGAGAAUCACAUGAAUCAAUCGACGAAACAAUUCUGCCUCCCUUUGGAAAAGGAUUCGAGGUAUCAUCUGGACGGCUCGAGACCUUUAUGACUUCGUGGACGACGCUCGUCUCGGAUCCAAUCCUCUCCAAAUGGAUUGUGAUUGCAUUGGUAAUUUCAGUACUUCUCAACGGAUAUCUCCUGCGCGGCCUCGGCAGCAAUUCGCUCGUUCAACAGCAACAACAGCAACAGCAGACCCGUCUCCGACUUCGUGAGGAGGAUGCCAAACCGAAACCAAAGCAAGAACCACCAGUGGAAACCGCCACUAUUCACCGAGCGAAUACCGAUCCUCUGCCUACCCCUAUCCUCAAACCUACCCCUGUCGUGCAACGUGAUGAGCCUCGUGAUGAGCUACCUGUGGAGGCUAGUCCCCGUCGAGGAGAUGAAGAGCCGUGCCGCUCGCUUGAGGAAUGCAUCCAAAUUUUCGAGAGCUCACCCAAUGGCGUCCGGGAACUCAACAACGAAGAGGUCAUCUUAUUGGCACAGGGGGGAAAGAUUGCGGCUUACGCACUGGAAAAGGUGUUGGGAGACUUUGAGCGUGCAGUCCUUAUCCGCCGUGCGCUCAUCAGUCGUGCAAGCACGACAAAGACUUUGGAGUCGAGCGAUAUCCCUCUGAAAGAUUACGACUACUCGCGUGUCAUGGGAGCAUGUUGCGAGAACGUUGUCGGAUAUAUGCCCAUCCCCCUCGGCAUCGCUGGCCCACUCCGCAUUGAUGGCAAGCUCUACCCGAUCCCAAUGGCCACCGCCGAAGGAACCUUGGUCGCAAGCACGUCCAGAGGCUGCAAGGCCCUCAAUGCGGGUGGUGGCGUUACAACCGUCCUGACCCAGGAUGCCAUGACCCGGGGACCAGUGGUCGAUUUCCCUACAGUCACCGAGGCUGCUCGUGCAAAGAGAUGGCUCGACUCUCCACAAGGAGCGACGACAUUGCGCGACGCUUUCGAUUCCACCUCUCGUUUCGCUCGUCUGCAGAGCCUGCGCUGUGUCAUGGCCGGACGUACAUUGUAUAUCCGUUUCGCCACCAGCACUGGCGACGCAAUGGGUAUGAACAUGAUUAGCAAAGGUGUCGAAAAGGCGUUGGCUGUGAUGCUCGAGGAGUUCCCCCAGAUGAGCAUCUUGGCUCUCAGCGGAAACUAUUGCACGGACAAGAAGCCGGCUGCCAUCAACUGGAUCGAAGGCAGAGGGAAGAGUGUCGUUGCCGAGGCCGUCAUUCCAGGCAAAAUAGUCAAGACGGUGCUCAAGACGACGGUGGCAGACUUGUGCAACCUCAACAUCAAGAAGAAUCUCAUUGGAAGCGCUAUGGCAGGAAGUAUCGGUGGUUUCAAUGCCCAUGCAAGCAAUAUUCUCACAGCCAUCUUCCUCGCGACUGGCCAAGACCCGGCGCAGAAUGUUGAGAGCUCGAACUGCAUCACGCUCAUGGAACCAACUAACGGUGGUGAAGACUUGCUGAUGACGUGCUCAAUGCCUUCUAUCGAGGUUGGAACCGUCGGUGGAGGCACCGUUCUUGCUCCCCAAGCUGCCGUACUCGAAAUGCUCGGCAUCCAAGGCGCAAACUCCGCCUCACCCGGACACAACGCCCGCAAGCUUGCCCGUCUCAUUGCCGCCUCCGUCAUGGCCGGAGAGCUCUCGCUCAUGUCGGCACUUGCGGCUGGCCAUCUCAUCCGUGCCCAUAUCUCGCUCAACAGGAGCGCUCCUCCCACACCUGGUGGUCAUGGUGCUCUUCCUCCUCUUGCCAGUCGUCCGGAGACCCCCGCGCCGUUCAAGGUGCUCCCUCCGACGGGUAGCAAGGCUGCAGCAGCCCUGGCUAGUGGCCAAUUACCUGGGGCCUCUGCAGUCGCUGGGUAUUUUGCGGCCAAGACCAACCUCCCAGCUUCUCCCCUGAGGGCUCAGUUCAAAGAGGAAGAGGCGUCAAAAGAGUAG